CCCAGGAGAACGGAUCCAGCCGAACACCUUGUUGUAGUCUCUCAAGGAGGCCGAAUCAACCACCAUGGGCGACAAGGACGAUCAGUACGGUCGCGGUGACAGUUAUAGAACGGCGGUCAACAAGGGAACGCCCGAUGAUGGCCGCGCGGCCGACGGGAAGCCCAAGGUGUCCAAGAAAAAGGGCGAAAGGGACCUUGAUGCCCUCAAGCAGGAAGUCGAUAUGGACGAGCACAAGAUUACCCUGGAAGACCUCUACGCCAGACUAGGCACGAAUCCCACCACUGGGUUAACGAGCCAGCAGGCUAGGGAGGUCCUCGAGAGGGAUGGGCCCAAUGCACUUACUCCACCGAAGAAGACCCCAGAGUGGGUCAAGUUUUGUAAGAACCUCUUCGGAGGGUUUUCCUUGCUUCUGUGGAUAGGUGCAGUACUGUGCUUCAUCGCCUACUCGAUCCAGGCCACUACUUUCGAAGAGCCACCCGACGAUAACCUGUACCUUGGGGUCGUACUCGCCGUCGUAGUAAUCGUCACCGGUUGCUUCUCUUAUUAUCAAGAAGCUAGAUCGUCCAAAAUCAUGGAGUCGUUCAAAAACAUGGUUCCUCAAUACGCUGUGGUCAUUCGUGACGGACACAAGAUGAAUCUUCCGGCCGAAGAAGUCGUCGCUGGAGACAUCGUCGAAGUCAAAGGAGGCGAUCGAGUCCCUGCCGACAUGCGUGUCAUCCAGGCUCAGGGCUUUAAGGUCGACAACUCCUCUCUCACCGGAGAGUCAGAGCCCCAGACUCGAUCCCCCGACAUGACCAAUGAGAACCCUCUUGAGACCAGGAAUCUCGCAUUCUUCUCUACCAAUUGCGUCGAAGGAACCGGCUUGGGCGUUGUUAUCAACACGGGAGACCGUACUGUGAUGGGACGUAUCGCUAAUCUGGCCUCAGGCCUCGAAAUGGGUGAGACCCCCAUCGCCCGUGAAAUCGCUCACUUCAUCCACAUCAUCACCGGUGUGGCCGUGUUCCUCGGCGUGUCUUUCUUCAUCAUUGCCUUCAUCCUGGGUUACCACUGGCUCGAUGCUGUCAUCUUCCUGAUCGGAAUCAUCGUCGCCAACGUACCCGAGGGUCUUCUGGCCACGGUCACUGUUUGUCUCACGCUCACAGCCAAGCGCAUGGCCGCCAAGAACUGCCUCGUUAAGAAUCUCGAGGCUGUCGAAACGCUCGGAUCGACAUCCACAAUCUGUUCCGACAAGACCGGAACCCUCACCCAGAACAGAAUGACCGUGGCUCACAUGUGGUUCGACAAUCAGAUCAUCGAAGCCGAUACAACCGAAGAUCAAUCUGGAGUGCAAUACGAUAAAACGUCAACCGGAUGGAAAGCUCUCGCUCGCGUGUGCAUGUUGUGCUCACGCGCCGAAUUCAGAGUCGGACAAGAGAACGUACCGAUUUUGAAACGCGAAUGCAGCGGGGACGCCUCCGAACAAGCCAUUCUCAAAUGCAUGGAGCUUGCCGUUGGCAACGUCGUAUCCUAUAGGCAGCGCAAUCACAAAAUCUGCGAAGUUCCCUUCAACUCGACCAAUAAGUACCACGUUACAAUUCACGAAACCGAAACCGCUGAUGACCCGAGCUACAUUCUUUGCAUGAAAGGUGCCCCUGAGCGUAUCCUCGACCGUUGCGGAACCAUAUACAUCAACGGCAAAGAGAAGGUUCUCGACGAUGAAAUGAAGGAGGCCUUCAAUAACGCUUAUUUGGAAUUGGGAGGACUUGGAGAAAGAGUUAUUGGUUUCUGCGACUACAAAUUGCCGUCCGACCAGUACCAAAAGGGUUAUCCAUUCGACGCUGAUGAGCAAAAUUUCCCUCUCACCAACCUUCGAUUCUUGGGCCUUGUGUCCAUGAUCGAUCCCCCGCGUGCUGCUGUCCCCGACGCCGUCGCCAAAUGCAGAUCCGCUGGUAUCAAAGUAAUCAUGGUAACUGGAGACCAUCCAAUCACUGCUAAAGCUAUCGCAAAGGCCGUCGGAAUCAUUUCGGACGGAAACGAGACCGUUGAAGACAUUGCUCUUCGACUCAACAUCCCCGUGGAAGAGGUCAAUCCCCGAGACGCCAAGGCAGCCGUUAUUCACGGAUCAGAGCUCCGUGAUAUCGCCACCGAGCAGCUGGACGAUAUCUUGCGACACCACUCUGAGAUCGUGUUCGCUCGUACAUCUCCGCAACAGAAACUGAUCAUCGUCGAAGGUUGUCAACGACUCGGAGCCAUCGUCGCCGUGACUGGUGAUGGCGUCAACGAUUCACCCGCUCUCAAGAAAGCCGAUAUCGGAGUCGCCAUGGGCAUCUCCGGUUCGGACGUGUCAAAGCAAGCGGCCGACAUGAUCCUGCUGGACGACAACUUCGCGUCCAUCGUCACCGGCGUCGAAGAAGGUCGUCUCAUCUUCGACAACCUCAAGAAAUCCAUCGCCUAUACACUGACCUCGAACAUUCCCGAAAUUUCUCCUUUCCUCCUCUUCAUCCUGGCCGACGUGCCGUUGCCUCUUGGCACUGUCACCAUCUUGUGCAUCGAUCUCGGAACCGACAUGGUUCCCGCCAUUUCCCUAGCUUACGAAACAGCCGAGAGCGACAUCAUGAAACGGCUCCCUCGUGAUCCUAAGAAGGACAAACUUGUGAACGAGAGGCUCAUCUCGAUCGCCUACGGUCAAAUUGGCAUGAUGCAGGCAGCUGCCGGGUUCUUCGCCUACUUCGUCAUCAUGGGUGAAAACGGCUUCUGGCCAGACCGUCUCCUUGGCCUGCGAAAGGAAUGGGACUCAAAGGCGGUGAACGACCUCGAGGAUUCCUACGGUCAAGAAUGGACCUACCAUCACAGGAAAGCUCUCGAGUUCACCUGCCACACUGCCUUCUUUGUCUCGAUCGUCAUCGUCCAGUGGGCCGAUUUGAUCAUCUGCAAAACGCGCCGGAACUCGAUCCUCCACCAGGGCAUGCGUAACCACGUUCUCAACUUCGGUCUCGUUUUUGAGACUGCACUGGCCGCUUUCCUUUCCUACUGUCCCGGAAUGGACAAAGGUCUCCGCAUGUACCCGCUCAAGAUCAACUGGUGGCUCCCGGCCAUACCUUUCUCGAUCCUCAUUUUCGUAUACGAUGAGAUCCGUCGUUACAUCAUCCGGAGGAAUCCUGGAGGAUUCGUCGAACUGGAAACCUACUACUAA